GGGAAAUACAACAAUGUUUGAAUAUACAUAUGGAGAAAUACCAGCAUCAAUAAUUGAGCCGCCAUUGAAUAUUAAAAUGGAUGAAGAUGAAAGUAAUAAGCAGUCUAGUGUAGAUGCUAAUAUCAUUGAUUUCGGUAACUUGAAUUUGAAUGGAGAAAUUGAUUUUGGUGAAAAAGUUGAUUUGGACACAAGAGGCGAUAUUGAUUGGGGAGAAGAAGGUGCAGAACAAUCUAUUAUGGAAAUUGAUUAUAAUAUCUCUUUGGAGGAAUCGGGUAUAGUUGUGGAAACAGUAGGUCAUGAAGGUGGCGUGGCUACGGGGUGUGAAGCAUAUACGGUAUUAGACAAUCCAACAAUGAGAUCCGAAUUUAUCAAUCAACUGUUUGAGCUGGAGGCAUUUAUGAAGUUACGUCUGUACGAAUUUAAAGGCGACGAUAAGAAUAAUCUUCUCAGCUUUAAUCAGAUGCAGAAUGCUUCAUCUAUUCUGCAACUUUCUACCACAGAGACUACUCAAAACAUGCUGAAUAACAUUCAAGUUAUCCUGUCUGAGAUGUUGCAUAACAAUGUCCAACAUUUACAUAACAUUAAACAUUAUCCAAAAUACGUGGACAUAGUAGCUAUUAUUUUAAAGCAAAAAUUAAAUUUGAUUGAUAGAAUGAUAACUCAACAAGAAUUUGUGCGACAAAAGCAAGAUGACACUCGAAAUCAAAUCGAUAAAUUACGUUCAUUAUUAAAACUCAUCAUACAAAGAACUAAGGAAUUGCAAACAGAGAUAGAGCGAAAUAUUUCUAAGAAAUAUAAAAAUAGGAUGGUACAUUUAACCGGAGGUGUAAAUACAUUGUAGAUAUUAAAGGAGAAAAAAAUUGUUGAUUAUAUAUCAAAUAUUAAUAAUACACAAAGAUAGUAUGACUUUGUUAUUGUGUAAUACAUAUGAUCUUUUUGCUGUUGUGUAAUACAUAUGAUCUUUUUGCUGUUGUGUAAUACACACACACACACACACACACACACACACACACACACACACACACACACACACACACACACACACACACAAUUCUUUUAUUCUUAUAUAUUCUAAAUCUAUUACCUUAGUAGAACAAAUUUAAGUAACGGUAGAGAGAACGAAAAAAAUAAACAAGAUACUAUAAUAUAA